AUGUUCGCUCGCCACACCCAGUCGAGGAUGAAAGUCUCAAAUGUCUUGGGCUGGAAGUCUUUCGUUGACAAGCUGCACCCUCAAUUGCCCCUUACCACCAAGGAAUCGCAACGGCUGCUCACGGCGCUGACGAGUUCCUUUCGGAAGCAUCUUGACGAUGCCCAUCCACUCCCCUCUGCUGAAGAUGAGCGAAAAGCAGGACCUGAUAUGGGAGUGGCCAAGCCACAAACUCGCACCUGGCACUCAUCUGCAAGCCAUGCCGACAAACAUCUGGCUUCAGUCUUGACCAGUCCGCUACUCGUUAAAGGAGGCAAACGACUGGACCACGCUUUUGCCAAAGCGGAACUGGCACGAAACCCGUCAAAGGACCCCAUUGAACUUCUGGAGGAAUAUCAACAGCAGCACGCCGCGAGUGUUGCCAUUGCCGCAUUGUGUUUGGAGACUAUCAAGGCCAGGCUGAACGUACUGGCACCAGACAAGCAGACGGAGUUUAUCCAGGAUCUCCAACCUGGUCGACGUGUUUUUCUGUGGCUGCUGAACAGCGGAUUGGACGAUUCUAGCUCCUAUGUCGACGACGUUGCCUUUAUGUGCCUCAUGGUCCACUUUCUCAUCAAAGAGGGCCGCGAACACAAUAUCUGGGAAUGGAUCAAGAUUGAUGCACAACUCGCAGGCACUGUGCCCAUGACUACCGCGGCCCGGUCUCGAGACAAGCCUAUGCUACAUGCCUAUCGUUGGCGAGGACGCCUUCUGCGUGCGCUGAUGAAAGAGAAGCUUGGAACCGAAUCUGGUCGGCGUCACGAACUGACGAAAGUACAUGAAGCUUUCGACGCAUUCUUCAAGGCGUGCGAAAUCAAGACGGCAGCACCGCGGCACCACCAUCUGUACUGGAUUCCUUUAGGCCCGGCCUAUGUCGAUUUGUCAAAAGAAAUGACUUUCGACUCAUACAAGAUCCGGUCCGACAUAGAUCCCAAUCGGCUUGACAAAUUGAUUUCUUACAUACCUUUAACGUUUCAGGGCUCAUCUCCCAUCUACGCUAAGAUGGCGGCUGCUCAACUACAUUUGGUACAUCCGCGCCAGUCAUCAGCGGAUCCCGCUUACGGUGUUCUGCACGACUUGUUUGGGGAUAUUCGGACUGUUGAUCGGUCGACACUCAUAGACCAAUUUGUCGCUCCAAGAACACCGGGUCAGGCUCGAUAUUGGACGAUAUUUGUAGCACGUACAAUUAGCACGUUGCAAGCGCAAGGGCGGAUAGAAGAUGCCUCGUGGCUACAAUCAGCGGUGAGACGCCGCUGCCCCGACAUAGCUCGUGAAUUGACGAGCUACUUGACGGAAUUCAAAUCAGACAAUCAAACCGCGAGGGACUACGAGGAGCAGGAGCAGGAGCGCGAGCAACCACGGAUUCGGUAUCCAACUUUUGCGUGA